UUCCAGAUUAGAGGCUGGUUUGCAGGCCUUCGGUUCGGAGCUUGAGCGAAGGACAGAGUGGCUCAGUAGUCGCUUCCAGGCACCAGAAGCACACGAGAGCGCCGCCCGACAAAACACGCACCGGAGCGCUAACACUCUCUCUCUCUGCGCAUUCCCCUCACUCUGACCAAGGAGGCACUCACACACCCACACAGGAGAGAUACUUUUUUUGCGAUGGCGGCGUCCUCCAUGUGCCUCUCAGACCUCGCGCUGCCGGCCGGCAGCAGCGCCACGGCAGCAGGCACGACACGUGGCGCCGCGCGGCCAGCGAGGACCACACAGUAUAACUCCCCCAUGCGGAGCGGCUUCCUCGGCAUGAAGGCCGACGGAGCGAACGCGUCGCCGGUCGUCGGUUUGGCCAAAGGGCCUCAGCUCCCCGGUAUCCGCGCGCAGGCCGGACAGUCCGUCCAGGUCUUCGUGCGCGUGGGGCGCGGCGACUCUCUCCGCGUGCUGGCGCGCGCCUUCAACUGCACGCCGGCGGACUUUAUCCAGGCGAACACCGAUUUCAUCGCCAACAGCGGGGACGCCAUCUACGAGGGCGACCUCCUGCGCGUGCCCUCCUUCGCCUGGAAAGGCGCCGCACCCCCCGGCCUCCAAGACCGCAUAGUAAUUAAGAACGUCGAGGGGUCGUCACCCGCGGGGCUGGCCGCCGCCGCCGCCGCCGUUAGCGCUGUGAAGACAAAGGCGCAGGCUUUGUUCACGUCGGUGGGUGCGGCGGCCGGCGGCGGGGGCGCGGCGGGGGGGAUUGGCGGAGUGCCGAGCGGAGUGCUUCUGGGGGCGAUCGGGUUGGCGCUGAUCGCGGUGGGCGGGGUGGCGGUCGGGCGGAAGAAGUCCGCCAAGGCGGACAGUGCGCCAGCGGUGGCGGCUUCUGCGGAAGCAGGGGCGGUGUCAGCGGAAACGACAGUGGCGGCAAAAGGCCCUUAUGCCGAUAUAUCCGACCCCACACCUCUUCCCAACAAGCUGCUCCAGGCAUCCGUCCUUCCCACCGCUGCUGCGGCCACGGCUGCUGCUGCCACGGCUUCUUCUGCUCCUGGAUCAACCGGGCCGUAUUCCGACCCUUCGGAAACCGUGAAGCUGCCCAACAAGAUGAUGCAGGCGUCUGUUCUGCCCUCCGCUCCUGCCGCCCCUGCUAGGAGCACCGUUGCUGCCUCAACCGGGCCGUAUUCCGACGCGUCAGAAAAUGUGAAGCUGCCUAACAAGAUGCUGCAGGCGUCCGUUCUUCCCUCCCCCCCUGCUGCCCCUGCUGCCCCUGCUAAGAGCCCCGUCGCUGCAGCAUCCGGGCCGUAUUCCGAUGCGUCAGAAACAGAGAAGCUGCCUAACAAGAUGCUGCAGGCGUCGGUUCUCCCCUCCUCCCCUGCUGCCCCUGCUAAGAGCACCGUUGCUGCCACAUCCGGGCCGUAUUCCGAUGCCUCGGAAAAUGUGAAGCUGCCUAACAAGAUGCUGCAGGCCUCUGUUCUGCGCACUUCUCCUGCUGCUCCCGCUAAGAGCACCAACCCUGCAACAACCGGGCCGUACUCAGACGCGUCAGAAACUGAGAAACUGCCAAACAAGAUGCUUCAAGCGUCUGUUCUCCCCACCCCUCCUGCUGCUGCUGCUGCGCCCACUAAAAGCACCAGCCCUGCAGCAACCGGGCCGUAUUCCGACGUGUCAGAAACGGAGAAGCUUCCCAAUAAGUUGCUGCAGGCGUCCGUUCUCUCCUCCUCCCCUGCUGCUGCUACCACCAAAGCCGCUGUAGGGGGCAAUGGCGCGGUUAAGUCUCCUCCCUCUGUCUCCAAAUCAGAACCUGCCCCUGCUGCUGCAGCAGCAGCGGAGAAGCCUGCUGAGAAGAAGAAGCCUAUUUGGAGCUUCCUGUUUAAAAAUAAGGAAGAAAAGAGCAGUCCUGUCGUGGCUGCUGAAGUAACUGCCCCUGCUGCUGCCCCUUCUACAGCUGCUGCUGCUGUUGCUCCCAAGUCUCAGGCUGCCUCGUCGCCUGCUGCUGCUCCAGUGGCUGCUGCUGCUGAUGCUGUCGCUGCUGCUGAUGCUGUCGCUGCUGCUGAUGCGUCAAACGCAGAUGAGCUCUCAGAGGAGGAGGCCAACUGGCGCAACAUCCAGGCGCUCAUCAAGACGUCCAUUCCCGCACUCGCUGUGGGGCUCGGCACCGUCGCCACCGUCACAGGCGGAUUUCAAGGAGCCAUGGAGGCCAUUGGGCUCACUGCAGUCACCUCCUUUAUAGGAUACGACCUUCUCUGGGCAGAGCAGAGGAAGCAACUGCUGAAGGACCUCAAGAACAUCAAGAGUCCAGACGAUGUGAAGAACUUCGUUGAGAGGCGGGGGAUUGCUCCCAAGUGAGGUAAUCUGCUUGUUGGUGGGAGGGCAGUGUGUGCGUGUGUGGUAUGUGGGAAAAUAAAACAGGAUUUCCGAAAGUUGGAUAGGGUGUGGUGUGGUGUGGUGUGGUGUGGCUUUCAAGGGCAGCCAGCAAGAAAUGCCUAGAGCAGCCUCAUGCACCUGCAGCUGUUUUGCUGAGUCUGACAGAUCCACUACUGGACCCACCACUGGUGGCUCCAACUAGCAUAAGCUUGAGAGGCAGUGGGGUAGGGAUGGGGGGGUGGUUGAGUUGAGUGAGUUCUAUUCACAUCCUUGCUUGGUUGCUUUCUGAUUGAUGUCUUUGUGGUGUACAUGGGCUUUUAACAGGUAGUCCCUAAUAGCAGUUGCAAGACAGUGACGUUGGCACUUUAUUAACAAGAGUUAUAGGUUUUCAGAACUGCAUGUCGGCAUUGUAUCUUGUAGGAUGUGUAUUUGUGUGCUCGUGGUACAGUUAGAAGAGGGUCGGUAAGUAACACGUUCUAACA